AUGAAAGCGAACAAGAACAAGAACAAGAACAACCAAACAAGACGAGCCACCAUGGUGCCUCCUUCUGGUCAACCAGCUAACCGUGGCGACGUUGAAAGAGGCGGAGUUACUAAUCAAAGCAGUAGCAGAACCAAGGAUGGUGGCAUGGUUAUUUUGGCUGGAGCUGGUGUUGCUGUGGCUACUACAUCUGUCGUAACUAGUGGUGGCGGUGGCGGUUGUGGGGGUGGAGGUUGUGGCGGUGGUGGUUGUGGGGGUGGAGGUUGUGGCGGUGGCGGUUGUGGCGGUGGAGGUUGUGGUGGUGGUGGGAGCUAG